AUUGACAUUUGACUGACUCAUUUUGACGUCCGUUAAAUCAUUAAAAAUCUUAUAACCUUUCUAUAUUUUAUCAUUUUAUAAAUUAUUAAUUAUAUAAAAUUUAUUAAAUGCGAGAUGGUUACAAAACGUCCAAUGUCAUGGUUUUUGACUGAUGCAGGUCGAAAAUUUUCUUUCGCAUUCAUCACUGGAACUGGCUUAGCAUUGACUGCUGCAAAAUUUACACCGCAUACCCUACUUUUGGAUAAAUAUAAAGAAUUUGUUCACAAUUACAGUAAUGGGAAGCCUGUAGAUUUACCAAAGGAUUUAAAUGAACAGUAUCAAAAAUGCCUUGAUAUAUUGAAAGUUCCAGAGGUGCACAGAAAAUUCGUCUCACCUUUUAGUGUUUUUGGAUAUGAUCUAUUUCAUGCUGGUAGUACAAGCUCAAAAUUUGGUGGUGCUGUAGGAAUACCUGUAAAUUUUUCAUAUAAAUCUCUAAAUGAUUUAGAAAAUCAUGAUAUUCAGGUAAAUCUAAAGAAAGUAGACUGGUCUUCUCCAGCUGGUAAAAAAUUAGCAGAUGCACUUAUAUUAUCAGACAAAGUUAAGGAGUUUGCAAUAUGUAGGGAAAUAUUGAUGACUCAGAAUAAAAAAGUGUUUUAUGAGUCUGCUUAUCCGUUUACAUGUGUGUUCUUUAUGUAUAAUAUGUCUCAGUUUAUUAAUCGUAGAUAUAACCUUUAUGCCGCUCCUACAAUUAUUAGAGCUACAUUAUACAGCAUCCUAGGUGUUUUUGGAUUAGGAUCUUAUUUUCUUAUGAAAGAUGUAACAGAGGUAUAUUAUGAAACUGAAGUAGAUAAAAAAUUGUGUGAUUUAGGACCAGAGUUUAUAGAAAACGGAGUAAUAUUCUAUGAUAAAUUAUUACAAAGAAAUCAGGCUUUAAGGGAGCUUAUGGGAAAAGAGGGAGAAAAGAAAUAUAGCAAAUUAGGUAAUGAAAAUUUUGGUUUAAGGCAACCUCGUUUGGCUUUAGUGCAUCGAAAACAAUACUUUGAAGAAAGAUUGCGAGAUUAUAAAGAAAAUCAAAAUACAACACAAGAAGAGUAGGAUAGGAAAACUUUAACUAGAUAAAAUUUUAAAUAUAAGUAAUUACAUUGUAAUAUCUAAUAUUUAUUUAAUAGUGAAAUAAAUAAAACUGUUGCCAUUA